AAAUCCUUCUCCACAGAUGGGCGACUAUUACAUCAGGACUGACAGUCGCAUCUGAUUCUCCACGGAGCGUCUGAACAGACUUGGCCAUGUUGAGGAGCGACAGCCCGGGUGGCAGUCAGGCGGGAUCCACCCUGUCCACUGGUUACUCCACCAUGGAUGACGUGUCGCAGGCCUCACUCAUUUCCAAGCCCAGUGCAAAGUCUAUAUACCUGAAGAGGAUGGAGUACGCCGCUUCCCUGAACCAGAUGAUGAAGACCGAUAAGUAUAGAGUGGAGCACUUGUUCUCCUGUGAGCUGGACGGAGUCACGCUGCGGAACAGCUCUGACUGUGUGGAGCGCCUACAAGCGCUGGACCGCUUGGGAAAAGUCUGGGGUCAGGAGAUGAUGCUGGAGGUGUCAGGGGUCAAUCUGCUGCUCACAGACUUCGAAACCAAGGAGGAGCUGGAGUCCAUUGCCCUUGGCGCCAUUGUGAAUAUCAAAGCAGUGCUGGACAGCUCCAGGUUCAAAUCUCUGCUGACUGUUUCCGCCAAGUCGGCGGGAAAAAACAAAACCAGCGUUUACAUAUUCCAGUGUGAAACUGUCGGGGCAGAUCACAUCCAGAUGGAGCUCUCACACGCGCUCUCACGCUGGUCCAAAGUCUUUAUACGAACCCGGAUGUCGGAGCACUUACUCAUUUUCAUCACAGACGAGGAGCCGGAGUUGGCCUUCUUUGGAGAAGACUAUGAUGAAGAGCAACGGAGAGCAACGCCGUCUCUGCCUCCUCCGUACACAGAGCUGGACAGAAACGUGGAUAUCAUGAAUCGUAUUUUGAACGACAUUGAAAUCUUUAUGGGCAGUGUGGCUGCUGUAGCCGCGAAGAAUACGAAGAGGAGGAAGAAAACAAGAAAAGCCAUGACUGGUCUCCCGCCUGCUUCCGACUUUAUAUCAUGUUUCCAGAAGAUAAAAUGCGGAUUCAACCUUCUGGUGGAGCUCAACGAAAAAAUUGACAAUCCAAGUGCACAGGACUUUGUUCACUACCUGUUCUCCAUUCUGGAAUAUAUUAUCCAGUACUGUCCCAGACACCUACCGCCAACGGUGGUGGCUCCUCUACUGACCCCUCAGUGCGUCCAACUCAUGCAUGAGGAAGUGACAGCAGCGGAGGAGCGGAGGUGGAAGGCCCUCGGAGACGCCUGGACCGUCCCCAGCACUCAGUGGCCAAAGGACCAGCCGAUCCCAGCCUUCUCGCUGACGUUCAUCGGUGGCUGGCAGCCGCGCCCGGUGGACGCCGGCUCCCCACUGAGCUCCAGUCUGCGCUCCUCCAGGACGACGCCGGUGCCUCCAUCUCAGACAACGCGAAGUGGGAGCAAGUCAGGCCGAAUGCGAGCCACCUAUAACUUCGUUUCAAGAAACCACCGUGAGCUCACUGUCAGUAAAGGAGAGGUGGUGGAGCUGCUGGACGUGUCGCGGCUGUGGUGGAAAGUGCGGAACGUCAGAGGGGAGGAAGGUUUCGUGCCCAGCAAUAUACUGGAGCCCGAAGACAAAGCACCGAUGCAGCAGGUCGCAGGUCCAGUCACCCUUUCCAGAGUGUCCACCCCAGUGGAGGUCAAAGCCUGGCUGGAACAAAAAGGCUUCACUAAGAUCACGGUGCGUUGCCUUGGGGUCCUGAACGGCUCGUCCCUGUUGGCCAUGACCAGAGAGGAGCUCAAGUCCCUGUGUCCAGAAGAAGGAGGGAGGGUCUUUUUCCAGUUACAGGCCGUGCGCUGCACCCUGGCUAUUCACGACUAGACUCAUCACCAACCUCGCCACCAGGCCUCCGUCGCCUCACAUGCUGAUAAAAAUCAAUGUAUAUAUAUUUUGUUUUUGUGUGUUCGUAGUUUGUUAAAGUAUUGG